AUGCUGGUCUCUUUCGGUGUCGCAUUCUACCUAGUAUCUCUACUGUUUUCUCCAGCGCGGGCUCUUCUAGAGGUUUUCGAGGUAUACCAGCCCGUCCCCACAGGUCAUGGCAGCGUUGGGUGCAAUGAGGAAGUCCUCCUGAUGGACCAUGUCUUCGGCUAUAGCUAUGGGGAACCAUACGUCGGGAUCUACGAACCACCAAAUUGUACCUUUGACACCGUUCGCAUCAACUUCACUGUCACCUCCAAGGGCAGACAGUAUGAUCGUCUGGCGCUCAUGUACUUAGGGGACACAGAGGUGUUCCGAACAUCAACUGCUGAACCAACGACCGACGGCAUCAUCUGGACCUAUAUCAAAGACAUGUCUCAGUUCAACGUACUGUGGAAAGAAAAACAGAAAUUGAUCUUCGAUCUUGGCAACAUCAUUACUGAUGUCUACACCGGCUCUUUCAACACCACCCUAACAGCCUACUUCUCAUACGAGGGCAACGUCAGGACCCCAGACGUUAUCCUCCCAAUAUCUGCUCGCAAAUCCGCCCAGAACGCAUCAAGCGACUUUGAUCUUCCAUCCGACAACGCCACAGUGCAAUACCAGAUCCCCCAGGCAGCAUCCCGUGCAGUGGUGUCCAUUUCUGCCUGUGGCCAAUCCGAGGAAGAAUUCUGGUGGUCCAACGUCCUCUCUGCCGAUGAGUAUACCUUCGACAAUACCAUUGGCGAGCUAUACGGGUACUCCCCAUUCCGCGAAGUCCAGCUCUAUAUCGACGGCAUCCUUGCCGGCGUGGACUGGCCAUUCCCCAUCAUCUUCACCGGCGGUGUCGCGCCAGGAUUCUGGCGUCCUAUCGUAGGAAUCGACGCUUUCGACCUACGCCAACCCGAGAUCGACAUCACACCCUUCCUCCCCUUGCUCAAGGACAAUAAGUCCCACUCGUUCGAGAUCAGAGUUACAGGCCUGAGCGUUGCCGACGACGGAACAGUGACAUUCGCCAACACAGUCAACUCCUACUGGGUAGUCACCGGGACUAUCUUCCUCUACUUGGACUCCUCCUCCUCCUCCUCCUCCUCCUCCUCCUCCUCCUCCUCCUCCUCCUCCUCCUCCUCCUCCUCCUCCUCCUCCUCCUCCUCCUCCUCCUCCUCCUCUGAAUCACACAGCACAACCACCGGCCAAGCGCCGGAAAUAUAUGCCCCGGCGCCCACCCUCACCGUCACACGGGAUCUCACCCAGAGUCCAAACGGGACCAACGAAACACUAUCAUACUCCGUCACAGCCGAACGAACAUUCACCGUAAAGUCCUCCGAAUACUCAUGGAGCCAAAACCUCUCCUACUCAAACUACGGAUACCUAAACCAGCAAGGACUCAGCCAGAAAAACAACCAACAGACCUCCGGCACUAACACCAUCACCCAGCUUACUGGGAACAACAAAUCGACAAAUGAGGUCACCUUCCAAUACCCUCUAAUCUGUAACACAACAUACGGCCUCGAAGAUGGCCUUUCCAUUAGUGCCUGGAUCCGCAGAGGCCUGGAUAUCAGUUCGACCGGUGGUGAUGGGGAGCUCGGCGUCUCGACGUAUACGUUUACCUCGGGGCCAUUGGAUCUGCAUACGGAACAAUAUGGAACGGCGUAUUAUUUCGAACCGGAGGAUGAUGAGAGUUCCGUCUCGUCUGGUGAAACGGUUGAUGUCUGGGUAAGUAAUGCUGGGGGAGUUGAGUAUUCGAGGAAUGUUCGUGCGGUGAAUGGGACGGUUGUUUCGGAUACUGAGAGCUAG